UUUCCUGGUGACGCUUUGCUUUUCUUCUGCUCUUGGUGAGAAAGUGCCUCCUUCUUCCCAGGACCAGGACUUCUGCCAUCCAGCGCCACAAAGAGACAUUCUGCGCACGCACACACACACACACACCCCACACACACUCUCACUCUCUCUCUCUCUCUCUCACACACACACACACACACACACACACUCUUGCCCAGAGACAAACUUAAGGUGAGGAGAAAGAGCGCUAGCUUCACUUGAUCUUCAGGCUCCAACCUCAACAGGACUUGAGAGCAUCUGAACUUCUGGAUUUCAGGACAAGUGAAGAAGAUUCCCUGGGUUAUAAAGAUGAAGAGGCUACUUCUUCUGGUGCUGAUUUCAAUCUGCUGGGCUGAUCAUCAUUCAGACAACUACACUCUUGAUCAUGACAGAGUGAUUCACAUCCAAGCAGAAAAUGGCCCCCGUCUACUCGUGGAAGCAGAACAAGCCAGGGUGUUCUCACAUCGAGGUGGCAAUGUUACACUGCCAUGUAAAUUUUAUCGAGACCCUACAGCAUUUGGCUCAGGAACCCACAAGAUCCGAAUUAAGUGGACCAAGCUAACUUCAGAUUACCUCAAGGAAGUGGACGUUUUUGUUUCCAUGGGAUAUCACAAGAAAGCCUAUGGAGGCUACCAGGGUAGAGUGUUUCUGAAGGGAGGCAGUGAUAAUGAUGCUUCUCUAGUGAUUGCAGACCUCACCCUGGAGGAUUAUGGGAAAUAUAAGUGUGAGGUGAUUGAAGGAUUGGAAGAUGAUACUGCUGUGGUAGCAUUAGAUUUACAAGGUGUGGUAUUCCCUUACUUCCCACGACUCGGGCGCUACAAUCUCAAUUUCCACGAGGCACAGCAGGCGUGUCUGGACCAGGAUGCUGUGAUUGCCUCCUUCGACCAGCUGUACGAUGCCUGGCGGGGCGGGCUAGACUGGUGCAACGCCGGCUGGCUCAGUGACGGGUCUGUGCAGUACCCCAUCACGAAGCCCAGAGAGCCUUGCGGGGGCCAGAACACGGUGCCCGGUGUCAGGAACUACGGGUUUUGGGAUAAAGACAAAAGCAGAUAUGAUGUUUUCUGUUUUACAUCUAACUUCAAUGGCCGGUUUUACUACCUGAUCCACCCCACCAAGCUGACCUACGACGAAGCGGUGCAAGCUUGUCUCAACGAUGGUGCUCAGAUCGCAAAAGUGGGCCAGAUCUUCGCAGCCUGGAAACUUCUGGGAUAUGACCGCUGCGAUGCGGGCUGGCUGGCGGAUGGCAGCGUCCGCUACCCCAUCUCUCGGCCGAGGAGGCGCUGCAGUCCCACGGAGGCUGCCGUGCGCUUCGUGGGGUUCCCAGAUAAAAAGCAUAAGCUGUAUGGUGUCUACUGCUUCAGACCAUACAACUGAGCGUGCCCCUAGAGCACAACAGUUUUAAAGUCAUUAAGAACAUGUGAAAGGUUUUUUGGUUUUUUUGUUUUAUUUUGGGUUUUGUUUGUUUGUUUGUUUGUUUGUUUUUUUCAAUACGAACUCGUGCAAGUUACCAAAACUGUGAUAACCCUUUUUUACUUACUGGAAAGAGUCAUUUUCAUAAAGAUCAAUUCAUGAAUUUGUUUUUGUAAAGCUAUCAUUCAAUAUAUAUUAUAAAUUAAUAUAAUUUUAAGGGAAGCGCUAGAUAAGGAGGCUUUAGAGCCAAAUUGUUUAGGCUACAUCAUCCCAGUGAAGUAUCCUUUCAUGAACGGGGCAUGCAAUAGCUUGAGGGUUGCGAGGGUGACAUUAAGGAAAGUGCGGCUACUCAGAGCAGCAGCUUCCACAAGCACAAAUUUUACACAUUUGUACAAUUUUAAAAUGCACUGCAAUCUACAGAUUAGAGCAACGGAUUUGAAAUACAGGCUUCUUUACAUAAACUGAGAUUCCGAGAGGUUGCACAAAACUCAGUUUCACAAGGGAACAAUCUACACUUUUCUAAAAUAUAUUAUUUCAAGUCUCCAAUAAACAGAACAUUUUAUUCUUUAAAAUCCUGCCUUUUUGACCAAAAAAGAAAGAAAGAAAGAAAGAAAGAAAGAAAGAAAGAAAGAAAGAAAGAAAUUCAUAUGGACUCCAAUGCAUAGUGACAAGCACAGUUAAAACUCCUUAAUAACCCCAUUUAUAUGAAGUAUGAAACAUAAAUGAGCAGAUAAUAUUUAACCAAUGAGAGACUCCUAUCUUCUUUUAAUUGAAAUGACAGGUACCUGAGAAAAUCAUUAAAUCUUUUGAGUAGCUUUACUGAGUUAUAUUUAAAUUCUAAGGGCCGUCUGCUAAGCAGCAUUAGCAUCUACUCAGGGCAGUUAUAUAGAUAAACUGCUGGACAGAAAAAUUGUAAAAUUUAGCAGCUUGAUUUUAUGUGAGCCUAUGAAAUAUAUUGUCCUAUAAAAAUAACUUUAAACUAUUUAAUAUUUCCUUCUUAUUUACCUUACAUGAAAAAAAUUUAAACCACAAAAGAAAUGAGUAACUCAACACUUGCCUAACCAAUGACAGACAACCAAAUACAGACCCAACUUUCAAAAUUCCCAUUAUUCUUCUUUGUAUAUACUAGAAAGCCCAAAUGGUGCCUGUGUGGGGGAAAACAAGAGAACAAAGUCGUUCUAAACCUUCCUCCAAAUAGAAAACGUGGUCAGUGAUGUCACUUUCCUUGCUGGUCAUCAUUAGGCUUAAAUGAAAUACAGAACCUCCCAUCAAAGAGUUUACACUAAAAUCUUCAGGGCUUUAAAUGAAAGGGUAAGGCCAGCUUAGAAAAACAACUUUAGACAUUAGCAGCUCCAAUAUUAAAUAAAGCUCUGUUUUCCUAUAUUUUUAUGACUGUUGAGACCCCGCAGGGACCAAUAUUUGUAUUCAAAUUACAUUUCAUGGUUUCCCAUUGUUUCACAAUGAGUUCUAAUAAAUGGGAUUUAGUAUAAUAAUCCAAGUAUGACAUAGCUGGUAUGCUUUCAUGAAUGUUUUUAUGUAGAUUUUCCUCCCAUGAACAUGAGUAAAUAAAUCUGUUUCCUGAA